AUGAUGAUGCGACGCGCGUACAAACGUCGUGAAGAUCCAUUUCCAUAUAUUGGCUAUUGCUUAGAUUAUGAUAGUGAAAGUCAAGGAUUCAAAAUGGCAUAUGUCAUUGGCGCAUUAUUUUCAUCCGAUCAAUUCUGCGAAUUAAUGAAAAGUAAUUCUGUCGUAGGUGCUCAAGUAGCUCAUGAAAUGGUGAAAAACCUUGCUGAUAGUGAUCGGCAAUCACAACAAUUACAUGAAUUAUUAUCAAAAUAUAAGGAACUUAUAUCGGAUAAUAAAUCCGACAUAUGA